AUGUAUGAACUCACUAGGGUAAUGCCACCUGACAUGUUUGCAUUUUGCAUUGCAGAGAAGGCGAGAGAAUACAACUUGGCAUUGAAGAGGCUUGUGGAGAUGGGCAUGGAUCCUGUUGUGUAUGAUCACUCUGACGCUAAUGCAGUGGACCUUGGGAGAGAUGAGAAAGAAGAGAGAGAAGAACCGGGAGGGAAGGCCAAGAGAGUCGGAGAACUCACGGGAUCCGUCGCACCUAUGGGAUUCUUCCUCCUCUCCCAGGAGAGAGAAGAUGAUGAUGACCUGGAUGAUUUCCGUGCUCCUCCGUCGUCCUCGCUUUCAGCCGCUUCUAAUGGGGCGGUGGACUUGCAGUCGCAAGCCACGUAUAGCCAGGCCCAGAAUGGUAUGGAGGAAAAUUCCUUAGGUCAGGGACCUCCUGUUCGCGAGGGGAAGCCUAGGGAAAUGAAGGUUCCGAAGAUCUACUUUGGCACGAGGACCCACAAGCAGAUCACGCAGCUGGUCCGGGAGCUCCGAAAAACCGCGUAUCGGAAUGUCAGGAUGACAGUGCUUGCGAGUCGGGAACACUCCUGCAUCCAUCCCCAGGUGUCCAGGAUGAAGAACAAGACCGAGGGCUGCAAGGACGUCCUCGAAGGCAAAACGGACUUUGGAUGCCGGUACAAGCAGGGUGUAUCUCGAAUGAACACCCACAUGGAGUUGUUGAACCAAGGAUUGACCGAAGGCUGGGACAUGGAGGACCUGGUGGGCAUGGGUCGCUCUCUUCACGCGUGUCCCUAUUUCGCGUCCCGCGACCUCAUGGAUAACGCCCAGAUCGUCUUCUGCCCCUACAAUUACCUCCUGGACCCCAUCAUCCGGAAUACCAUGAAUAUCAAACUCAAGGGCCAGAUCUUGAUUCUUGACGAGGCGCAUAACAUGGAGGAUGCAUCCCGUGAGGCCGUGUCCUUCACCAUCCAAUAUAAUACCCUCAACGAGGCUAAGGAUGAUCUCUUUAACCUCGCUGACUGCUCCACUAUCACCUCCAAGGCAUCCCAUGCCGAAAUGGGGAGGAUGCUCUCGGGGAUUGGAACGUGGAUGGGGAGAGAGAGGCAGGACUUGAAGGACACCGGGACUUACGGACAACAGGGGAAUGUCUGGUCAGGAACGGAGUUCUUGGCCCAAAUGGAGAAUAUCGGCUGUGGACCGUCGUCCCACCAACAUCUCCUCGAGGCCUUCUGGGAGGUGGUGCGGGAGUUUGGAAACGCAGAGGAGAAUCAAGAAAGGAAGGACAAGAAUCCGGACACACCAAAACUUAAAACUUCCACGCUGACCCUCCUGGAGGUUUGGUUUCAAGUUAUGCAAUUCCUCCUCACGGAUGGCAUGGUCUUCAAGGAUGACUACAAGGUCGCCCUCCUCGAGGUCGUCUCGGGUCGUCGCAAGGCUCCGACUGCAUCUGCAGGAGGCUGGUAUGCAGCCGGAGGGGAAUACACGAUGGAGUCCCAGCUAACCCUUCACUUUUGGUGCAUGCACCCCGGUGUAGCCUUUCAGGUCUUGAAGAAGGAACUCCGAAGCAUCAUCCUCACCUCUGGAACCCUCAGCCCCAUGAAUUCAUUCGAAUCGGAACUUGCCACACCCUUUCAAAUCCAUCUUGAGGCCUCUCAUGUCAUCGAUUCGAGCCAGGUUUGGGUCGGAACCGUAAGCGUGGGACCGAGUCGAGUCACCCUGAAUGCCUCUUACCAGCACGCAGAGACCUUCCAGUUCCAGGAUGAACUGGGCCAAGUUGUUCUGUCUGUGUGCCGAACGAUCCCCCACGGUGUUCUUGCCUUCUUCCCUUCCUACCAUCUCAUGGAGAAAUUGGCUGUCAGGUGGAAAAGUACUGGGCUGUGGGAUCAAUUGACAGAGUUGAAGGAAAUGAUGAUGGAGCCUCGGUCAGGAGAGGAAUUUCAUGGGAUCUGGAAGGCUUAUCGAGAUGCAAUCUGUGAGGGGCAUCGAGGUGCUCUGUUGAUGGCAGUUUGCAGAGGGAAAGUCAGUGAAGGACUCGACUUUGCUGAUGACUCAGCCAGGGCCGUCAUAGCAGUUGGGAUCCCAUUCAUGAACGUCAAGGACAUGGUUGUCGGUCUGAAAAAGGAGUACAACAACCGACACCAGGGAGAUGGGAAACGGAAGCUCCUGACGGGGAACCAGUGGUACGAGAUUCAGGCCUUUAGAGCUCUCAACCAGGCACUGGGUCGCUGCAUCCGACACCGACACGACUGGGGGGCUCUUGUCCUCGUGGAGGAGAGGUUCCAGCGGUUCCCAACGUAUGUCCAGAAGCUGAGUCGCUGGAUCCGAGGCCGAGUUGCCCACCAUCGAGAUUUCUCCUCUGCUAUGGAUUCCCUUGCAGCCUUCACCCAGCAACGUCUCUCUGUCGUCUGUUCUGAGUCUUCCUCAGUGAGAGAGGAACCUCGACCACCCCUCGUCCCUUUACAAGUCUCAGCAGAGGAAUUGGAUGAAGAUGAAAGGGAUAGAAAUGGAAAGAGGAGGAGAGGCUCCUCUUCAUGCUCCUCUGCACAAAUGGGUAAACCGAAGAAGAUUCAAUAUCUGGAUGAUGAAGAGGAUGAAGGGCAUGAAGCCUUCCUAGAAGAAUAUGGAACUGAGCUGAAUGCACGUUGUCCUGGACGUGCCAUUGAGGACAUCCUUGCACAGGUUGAGAGGGAAGUGACAAGGAGGAAGAAAUUGCUGGAAGAGACUCCAGAACGGAGAUCACUGAUUCGCAGGUCUUACACUCCACUUCAUCCUCACCUCUAUUCUCUCUCGGAAGAUUUCUUGACAGAAGAGUUUAGGAGGCUGGUGGAUCUCUGUCACACACACAAGGGUGAAAGAAAGGAGGUGCUGAAGGAAAUUCCUAGAACCUCCCUUGUUGGCCAAGAUGUCUACUCCAUCUCUGUGUUUCAGAAAUCAUUUUGCACUCAGUUCUUAGAGGAGAUGAACCAUUUCAAGUCAUCUGGUCUCCCAGUUGAGAGGCCCAAUUCCAUGAAUAAUUAUGGGGUCCUUCUAGGAGACUUAGGCUGGGAUGUGGGAUUCCUGGACCCAUUGCGAGAGAGAUACAUCAAUCCAGUGUCUCGUUUAUUGUUUCCCACCUCAGGGGGAGGAUCUUUAGAUUCCCAACGGGGAUUCAUUGUUUCGUAUGAUGCUGCCAAGGGAGAUGUGGAUUUGGCAUACCACUAUGACAAUGCAGAGGUUACCCUAAAUAUAUGCCUGAAUGAGGAGUUUGAAGGGGGACACCUAUACUUUGGAGCCACUAAGUCUGAUGUUUCUUCCCCUAAAUCGGAUUUCAAGAAUGUUUUUGGCUAUGAGCACAAAUUGGGCCAUGGUGUUCUUCAUCUUGGCUCUCAUCUACAUGGUGCCCUCCCUAUUGAGAGUGGAGAAAGGCAUAACCUGGUGAUAUGGUUUCGAGCAUCUGUGGUUCGCAAUCAAGUCUGUCCCAUGUGCCAUGAGCCACCUGAUGUUGUGCCAGUUGUUGAAGGUUAUGGUGAUGGCUUCACGCUUCAUUCUCAAGGGUGUUUGGAGGAGGAUGAAGAGGAGCAGAGAUUGCAGGAUGCUAAACACACUGGAGCCACACCCCCUCCCAUACCACUAUCCUCUUGCUCCAUUUCCUAAUCAAUCUUGUUUCCUACUCUUUUGUGCAUGUUUAUUUUCACUUUCACUAUCAACACAAAUAUUUUCAUAUUUCAUAACUACCAC